AACUUUGAUGUUCUGGUUUCCAGCCUCUGUAAAGAGCUGCAUGGAAGCGAGUGAGAGCACAGGGUUCGAAUCCAGCCCUGCCACUCCAUGGUUGUGUGACCUUGAGCAGGCUCCCCAACCCUUCUGAGCUCAUUUCAUCAUCGGUGUCAUGGGGAGGAUAAUUCCCACCUGAUAGGAUUAUUGUGAAGGUUGAGUGGAUUAAUUUGUGGGAAGCAUUCAUAACUAUGCUGGCAUACAGUAAGCCUACCUGAAACGUCUUCUCACUGAGAAGAGUGCCUGACACAUGGUGAGCCAUUGGUAUAUCCUAGCAAUUGUAAUUCCUAGUAUUUCUGCCAGGACUUUGAAGGCCCUUGCCAGUUCACAGAACCGUGUCAGAGAGCACUAGGAGGAAAUCGGGGCUGAAAUUAGCAUCUCAGUUUUCCAGAUGCAGAAACAGAGGUCGGAGGAGACAUGCAAUCAAGUCAGAACUGACAAGGGCAGCUCCCAGGCCCACUCUUCUACACAGUGGCUUUGCAGCCCUGAGCCCCUGCAAGGUAGACACAUUCGAGUCUUUUCAGAGGUCAGGCUCUGCUUUUUUUCUUUUUUCUUUUGAGGUAGGGCCUCACUCUGUCACCCAGGCUGGAGUGCAGUGGUGUGAUCACAGCUCACUGCAGGCUUGACCUCCUAGGCUUAAGUGAUCCUUCCAUCUUGUACAUCUUGAGUAGCUGGGACUACAGGUGCAUGCCGCCAUGCCCGGUUAAUUUUUAAAUUUUUUUGUGGAAACGGGUCUUGCUAUGUUGCUCAGGCUAGUCUUGAACUCCUGGGCUCAAGUGAUCCUCUUGCCUCAGUCUCCUGAGUAGCUGGGACUAUAGGUGCAUGUCACUGUCCCUGUCCACCACAGCUCGCAGUUCCAGGAGUGGCAGGAAGGCUGGGUUUGGGCAGGAGAGCAGCAGAAGUGCCUGCAGGGGUUGGCAGGGGCUAUGCUGCACUGGCCUGUGGGCCUGGGUGAGAGGUGAGGAUGGAUCCUAAGGGUAUUGUGGAGCCGAGGAAAAGGUUUCACUCACCUACCACCAUUUACUGAACGCCUCCUAUGUGCCAGCGUUGCAUCAGUACUGGGAAUACAGCGGUGUACUUAUCAAAGUUCCUAUCCUUGUGGGGCUGAGGGAGACCAACCCGAAACAGGUGAAUAAGCAAGGAGCCGGUUAGGAGGGGAGGUGCUAGGCAGCGAAUUCAAAUCGGGUGACAGACUGGGCACUUUAGAUGCAUGCGGCUGCGCGGAGGGCCUCUAAGCUGAUCCCAUUUUGGCAAGGUGAGGCAGUCAUGUGGGAUGGGAGGAGAAGGAACAGCCCUCCAGGUGGAGGGAACCAUAGUGCAAAGGUCUGAAGGGAGGACAGAGCUUGGUGAGGUGCAGGGACAAGCCUCACGGAGGUCUGUGUGGCUUGGCAGAGCAAGGGAGCAGGGAGGAGAUGAGUCCAGGGGCUGCGAGGCAGGCAGGGCCCUGUCACUGGGAGCCUUGUGGACUGUCUGUGACGGAAUUUGGAAUUUCAGCAGGAACAGCCUGGUCAGAUUUAGGGUGUUAGUAGGUGACACAGGAGAGGGUCACAGGCUCCUGCCUGGGGGGGUGGGUAGAUUUAAGUGAGCGGAGCAGGGCGUUUCACAGGCCUCCCACUUCCCCUCGAGUAGCAUCACUGCCUUACAGCCAGCAAAGGGCCGAGGGUUGCCUCCCUCUCCUGUGGUUUUCACACCGUGUUCCCAGACCCCGUGGCUGUUACUUUUAGGGAAAGAGGAGGGGAGGCUCAUUGGGCUGAUUUCUCUGCCCUUCCCUCCCCAACCCAACCAGCUAGACUAAUACUGAAUAGCAACACAGAGCAGCAGUCACACCUGAUACAGACAGCACCCGCUGACCCUGCGUCCACGCUACCGUGGGCCUGCAGGCCUGCGCCAUUCCCGGUGCUCCUCUGGAAUUGGAAAGACCAGGUCUUGUGACUGGCGCCCAGCACCAAGGUCUCUGGCGGGCCUCAGGUGUGGUUGAUAUUACGAAGGCAAAAUAAAUGAGGGCCAGGUUGAGAGUGUGGGCAUGUUUCUCCAUUGUAGCUGGGUGAUCAGGGCGGACCUCCCUGAGGAGGUGACGUGUGGUCAGGGACUGCAGUGCCGUGAGAGAGCCAUGGGAGUAUCUGGGGGAAGACGUGUUAGACCCAGGAGGAAGCUUCUCUGAUUCCCGCUUUACAGCGGUGAGAACUGAAGCCUGGAGGGCCUCUGCAGCUUGCGCUGGGUCCCCCAGCCAGGAAGUGUUGGGGACAGGCUAUGAAUCUGGGCCUCCAGAGAUUCCCCCAGCACAGCUCAGUAGCCCCUGGUGAGUGUGACUUCUGAUCCCACCCAUGGGCUCACCCCUAAGGCUUAGUGCAGGGGCAGGCGCCCUGGCGUUUGUUUUUUUUUUUGAGGUAUGUUCCAGGGUAUCUUCCUAGAAGGAGCACAGCCCCUCAGAACAAAUCUCUAGGGUCCCCAGAAACCCCCUGGGAUGGGUUGGGAUGGAAAGGAGUGUCUUUCAGACUUGAGCUCCAAGCCCCUGGAGGACCCAGGGACACCCCUCCCCGGGCCUCUUUUCAGCUUCCCAGAACUCUCAGUGGAAGGCCGUCAACCACAGGCCUCCGGGCCGCACGGUGGGGUGGUUCCAUGGCAGGCUCUUCUGGAUAGUCAGCCAAGCAGCAAGAGGCCCAACUCGGGGAGACAGCCUGGGAGCAGGACCAGGAGGGAGGGAGCGAGUGUGGGAGGGGUGCUGGGUGGGAGCUCAGCCUGGCCCCCUUGGGGCAAGACCCACUGCCAACUCGGCACCCACAGCAGGGCCCGGGUGCUCUGAGUGUGCCGAGUAAGGGACGGCAAGCCAGGCCGGCCAAGAGGAGACUGCAUGUCAGAGGUCCCCGCAGGAGUUUCUUCAGCCCAGCCGUCCUGCCGGAGAAGCUCGUUCGCAGAUGUUGUUUCUAAGGACUGUGCCCUGUCCACGGCGCCUCCUGCAUGUCCUGCUGCCCUGAGCUGUCCCGAGCUAGGUGACAGCGUGCCACGCUGCCACCAUGAACGAGGUGUCUGUCAUCAAAGAAGGCUGGCUCCACAAGCGCGGUGAAUACAUCAAGACCUGGAGGCCACGGUACUUCCUUCUGAAGAGCGAUGGCUCCUUCAUUGGGUACAAGGAGAGGCCUGAGGCCCCUGAUCAGACCCUUCCCCCCUUAAACAACUUCUCUGUCGCAGAAUGCCAGCUGAUGAAGACCGAGAGGCCACGGCCCAACACAUUCGUCAUACGCUGCCUGCAGUGGACCACAGUCAUCGAGAGGACCUUCCACGUGGAUUCUCCAGACGAGAGGGAGGAAUGGAUGCGGGCCAUCCAGAUGGUCGCCAACAGCCUCAAGCAGCGGACCCCAGGUGAGGACCCCAUGGACUACAAGUGUGGCUCCCCCAGUGACUCCUCCGCGGCCGAGGAGAUGGAAGUGGCGGUCAGCAAGGCACGGGCUAAAGUGACCAUGAAUGAUUUUGACUAUCUCAAACUCCUUGGCAAGGGAACCUUUGGCAAAGUCAUCCUGGUGCGGGAGAAGGCCACUGGCCGCUACUACGCCAUGAAGAUCCUGCGGAAGGAAGUCAUCAUUGCCAAGGAUGAAGUCGCUCACACAGUCACCGAGAGCCGGGUCCUCCAGAACACCAGGCACCCGUUCCUCACUGCGCUGAAGUACGCCUUCCAGACCCACGACCGCCUGUGCUUCGUGAUGGAGUACGCAAACGGUGGCGAGCUGUUCUUCCACCUGUCCCGGGAGCGUGUCUUCACAGAGGAGCGGGCCCGGUUUUAUGGUGCAGAGAUUGUCUCGGCUCUUGAGUACUUGCACUCACGGGACGUGGUGUACCGUGACAUCAAGCUGGAAAACCUCAUGCUGGAUAAAGACGGCCACAUCAAGAUCACUGACUUUGGCCUCUGCAAAGAAGGCAUCAGUGACGGGGCUACCAUGAAAACCUUCUGUGGGACCCCAGAGUACCUGGCGCCUGAGGUGCUGGAGGACAAUGACUAUGGCCGGGCCGUGGACUGGUGGGGGUUGGGUGUGGUCAUGUACGAGAUGAUGUGCGGCCGCCUGCCUUUCUACAACCAGGACCACGAGCGCCUCUUCGAGCUCAUCCUCAUGGAAGAGAUCCGCUUCCCGCGCACGCUCAGCCCCGAGGCCAAGUCCCUGCUUGCCGGGCUGCUUAAGAAGGACCCCAAGCAGAGGCUUGGUGGGGGGCCCAGCGAUGCCAAGGAGGUCAUGGAGCACAGGUUCUUCCUCAGCAUCAACUGGCAGGACGUGAUCCAGAAGAAGCUCCUGCCGCCCUUCAAACCUCAGGUCACGUCCGAGGUCGACACAAGGUACUUUGAUGAUGAAUUCACCGCCCAGUCCAUCACAAUCACACCCCCCGACCGCUAUGACAGCCUGGGCUUACUGGAGCUGGACCAGCGGACCCACUUCCCCCAGUUCUCCUACUCGGCCAGCAUCCGCGAGUGAGCAGUCCGCCCACGCAGAGGACGCACGCACGCAGGCAGCCAUCACCGCCGGGUGGUUUUUUCCCCCUAACUUUUUACUUUGCCUUUUUGGUUUGUGUCCCCACCCCCACCUCCUCACCCCCUUUCCAGUUCUUCUUCAGGCCCCUCCCAGACGCACCCCAGCGGCCCCUGCAGCCCCUGCCUCCAGCCUCACCUUUGUGCCCAGACUCGCUUUUGGGAUACUCCACCUCUCGCCCAGGCCCGGGCUGUUGGGCGGUUGGAGAGAUUCAGGUUUUAAUCUACACAAGCCCCAGUGAGGGGUGAAGCCUGACGCCCGGGGCCUGCCUGAGUUUCUGACCCGGGUGUCAUGCUGGUGGCUGCCUCCGCGCUGCUGCUUCCGGACGAAGGCUGCCUUCUGGUGGGACGCAACCCCCGGCAGACAGUGGUGCUGCCUUCCAGGCCCCGUGGCCUAGGCUCGGAGUGGCCAGGCACAGGGCGGUCCAACCCCUCACCUGCUGUCCCCCCAUGGGGGCAGAAAAGCAAUAAUGUCCAGGGGCAGGCAGGGGCCCUUGGGAGCUGCAGGGAUGGGGGUUAGGGCUGCUCCCUGGUGAAUGGAGCCAGGUCCCAGGAUCUGCGCCAUGGGGAACUGGGAGGGGUCAGGCUGGGCGCCGCCUCCUGGUCCUGUCUCCUCUCCACCAAGCUGCCCUCACCCUAUAGAUUGAGGCAGGAGGAACAUUUGGGGGCAAACCUGCCUGCCUCCCAGCCCCGUGCCUUACUAGGGCUUCCUUACAGCUGGCCUUACCUCCUGCUGGACCCCGGGCCUGGCCUGACCCCAUUGGGGGCUGUGGGCUGGGCUCACCCCCUUCUCGGCGGGGGUGGAGGGGCACCAGCCUCGGCUGUUACAAUCUUACACCGGACAGUAUUGGGCCCCAUGGACUUGGUCAGGGAGGGGUGGGGGUGGGCAUCUCUGGUAGCUAUUGGAGUGAGGGGCCUCUGAGAAGGGAGACUCCUAGGCCCCCUCAUCCCUCCCUCUCCCCAGGGCCCCAUGUUCUGCAGCCUUAAGGUUGAACAUGAACGCACUUCCAUGUCAGUGCUGUGGGACUCCUGUGCGUGCCUCGGACUGCGUGUGUCGGCGGGAUGCAGGCACACGUGGGUGUGUGUGCAUGUGUGUUGUGUGUGAGGGCAGCGUGUCCUCCAGUGUGCAUGGUAUGUGGGCUUGGGCCCCAUCCCUGGCCCGAGCAGUUCAUCCUGUGGGGGAGGGGUGCUGACCCAGUGGGAGGGGGCCCGCCUUGAUCCAUGAGCUGCCCUGCCCACGCCUCCCCUCCCUGCAGCAACACCUCCGGGUGUUUGGAGUUCAGCUUUUGUGGGUUUGCUCUCCCUACCCCAUCUCCUGUACUAUGCAGUUCAUGGCAGGGUGGGGAGGGUGGGGUUGGUUCGGGUGGGUGAGGGUCUUUUUCCUCUGUGUGCAUUGUCGUUAUCCGACAGUCCUCCGUCCCUACUGGCCUUUCUCCUCGUCUUCAUAUUUGUACGGUACAAGCAAUAAAGACACUCAUUUCAGACCAGGGCCCAGCCUGCACUCACGCCGGCCCAGCCACUCUGGGCCUUGCCUUGGUGAUGGAGUCAGACCCCUGGGCCCCAGCUUCUCCUGUAGUAGUCGCUCCCUUCAGCAAGGAGGGUGCUGAGCAGGGGCAUGGAGGUGAGAAUGAGCUCAGGGCGAGGGCAGCUGGGGUGUGUGCAGGAGCUCAGGCUGGAGAGGGUGGGUGCAGCUGGUGCUGUGGGGCCGAGGGGUGUGGGGAGGCUCCCCGCUUGUGGGGGUGUGGUGGACAGAGACCACUCCAGGCCCUCAGUGCUGCUUCAACUAAGAGAGGUGGGGUGGAGGGACAGGGGUGGAAGAUCUGGGUAGUCCAGAAUGAGGAGGGUGCCUGUGCUGUCACUGAGUGAGAGGGAGUGGUUCAUUCCACAGGGCUGCCGAGCCUUAGAGGGGGGCAUUCCUGUCCUGCCCCACCUCCCCAUUUAUGCUGCCACCUGGAAGCCUUGAGGCCCCCAAAUUCCAGUACAGACCCACUGGUGUGUUCAUGGUGGCAUGGCUGCUGUCUCCUGGGAGCUGCUGAGCGUUUGGUUGGAACCCUGUUCAGCUUGGGGUCAGCCCUCCGCUAGGCGCUGCCCUUUAGCCUGGCUGUGUCUGGGCCCCUGGACUUCCCAUGCUUGAGUCACGUGGCCGCAUGGCCGGGCCCUGGCCGGAUGGCACGCCUCCCCCAGCCAGGGACCAGGGACCAGAGCUUUGGCCUGCCCUGGUGAGCCCUGCUGUGCAGAGGGCCUGGCACAGAUGAAUUUGAGAUUUUGCCACAAGGUGUUAGCACUUCACACCCAUUGAGUCUUUGAGAUUUUAAAUGAAUGUAAGCAGAAAAAGAUCCAAUUUACAGAAAUCAGAGUGAGCUACAGCCAAGACUCGUGUUCGGUUGGGGUUUUUUAGUUUGUCUUUCUAAAAUCAUGUGGACCUUAAUUUAAUUACAAAAGUCUGCCCUGGUGGUCAUAAGCAGGCAGGCCUAUAAGGAGAGGCUUUUUACUCGUCCUUCUCGUCCCAGCCCCGAGCUGACCCCCGUUGCUGCUCCUCACACCACGGGGACGCAGGUCUCGUAGUGUGGGCAUAGGCCUGGCUACCUCAUCUUGUUAGUGGCUCUCUCCUCUUCCACAGGAUGGGGGCCCACAGCUGCAGCAACUGGCCCCAUAGUUGAGCACAUGUGGUUAUCCUGUAGAGCUUUUCCCAAGGAGGGUGUUUGAACUUAAGAGUCUUAAUAAAAUCUUACCAAAUAAAUUUUGAGUAGAA